UGGUCACUUUUAGUUGUCAUAGGGAUCGCUGACGUUUCCCGACGAACUGAGUGAAAUUGAGCGAGCGUUUCGCGCUUCAGUUUCCGUUUAUGGUGGAUUACUUGUUGACAUGUAACCUUGGUUCGAAGUCGUCGGAAAGCCGAAGCGCUUAGUAGACAGAAAAAAUGUCAGUUAAUGGCCUGGCCAAAAGGAACGCGAAACUACUGCAGGGCAUAAAAGGGCACUCCAGUGACGUGACGAGUUGCGAUUUUGCCCCUAAUUUCACUCUCGUGACUGGCUCUAGCGACAAAACUGUUCGAGUAUGGGAUUGGACGAAAGGUGCGGGAUACGUGGAGCGGCACAAUUCGCCUCUUUCCGCUCACAAAUAUCAAGUGACCUGCGUGAGAGUUUCACCGCAAGGCUCGAUGCUCGCCACAGCCUCCGUGGAUGGAACAGCCUUAUUAUGGUGCCUGCAUUCCCUAUCAAAACUGUACACCAUGACACAAGUUAACGGAGAUGCGAUCAGAGUUUGCAGGUUCUCGCCCGAUAGUGCCUUAUUAGUUACCGCUGGCGAUAACGGAGCCGUAUGUAUUUGGGAUUUGAUCCACAGAAGCCUUAUUAGAACUCUUUUCGAACACGAGGGCACUACGCAAGGCCUAUCAUUUACGCCCGAUUCUCAGUUUUUAAUAACCGCGUGCUCAUUGGAGGUCAUCAAAGUUUGGCACGUCCAAGAUUUAAUCGACACCACCGUCGAUAAUUGUUUGCCCAUCACGAGGAUGGACAACGUCCACGACAUGGGAAUAUUUUCUAUCGACGUAUCCAAAUAUAUCACCGUUGAAGAAGACAAUCCAUUCAUACGCCAUUACACGAUGGCCACUUGCGGAUGUAGCGACGAGAUAAAACUGUGGAAGAUCACGACGAAGUCUUUACACAAGCACAAGAAUCCCUCUAGUGUUGAAGUGUCGAUCGAUCCGUUCGAUGUCCUUGACGGGCAUAACUCCUCCGUUACCUGUAUCAGGUACAGCAACGUAGGAUCUUACCUCAUAUCUUGUAGUUUAGAUAAAUCGGUGAAAGUUUGGGAUACUAACGGCGCUUGCGUUUCCACCCUCUAUGGACACCAGAGAUAUGUUAAUUGUGUUGCCAUUUCGAGGGAUUCGUCUAUUAUAGCAUCAGGCUCUACAGGUUCAAACGAUAAAUCGGUUAUUGUGUGGGAUCUUAACGGUGAUCUGUCGAUGGAGUCUGAGCUGUUCACGCCGAUAGCCGUACAUACGCAUGGAGUGGUAGAAACGCAUCUGGUGGAAAAUUCCGACAGCGAAAGUUCGGAGGUUAAAGUGGUCGAGAAAAUCGACGACAUAUUCGAUGCGGGAGUCAACAGUUGUUGUUUUCACGGCAACCUAUUGGCAACCGGCUCGGGCGACAAGAUGGUGAGGAUAUUUAAAGUCGUUGAGGAGAAUAACAAUAUCGAAGAAUUAAGCUGUUCACCUUUGGAGGGUCACACCUACGCGGUGAAUUACGUAGAAUUCUCUAAAGACGGGAGCAAAUUGGCUUCCUCUUCGCUGGACGGGUGUACGCUUAUAUGGGACCCGUUGACUGGCGAGAAAUUCUACUCCGUGCCGAAAAACAGCCAGUCGGUGAAGGUGUGUAGAUUUUCCCCCAAUACGGAGUUCUUGGUCACCGCGGGUGACGACGAAAGGGCCAUCGUUUGGGAUGUCGAAACACUGGAGAAACAAGCGGUUUUGGAGGGCCACUUAGAUACCGUAACUUCGGCCUGCAUAUCACCCGACAAUCAAACGCUGGUGACAGUGUCCUGCAAUGCGGACUUCCGCGUUUGGCAAAUAGACCAAUCCAAGUGCAUUUACGUCAAAGAAGAUGCGCACGACUAUGGUAUCCAGAGUUGCGAUUUUUCGGAAAACUUGGAACCCAUUCCGAAUAUCACGUCAGACAGCCAGUCGUACCUGCUUGGUACUUGCGGCAAUGACAGUCUGGUGAAAUUGUGGCGACUCACCGUACCGAAGACUGUGCAGGUCUUGGAUUUUGAAAACCUUGAAAUUAAAAUUUGGCACUCGCUGCAAGGCCACGGAGGCAACGUCAUCAGCGUCAGAUUUUCACCAUCCGUCGGUGAAAUAGUGUGUUCGACUGCGACAGACAGGCAAGCGCGAAUCUGGUCGGUUUACGGAGGCCAAUGCUUGCACGUUCUGGACCACGAUUCGAUAGUUACUUGCUGCUCUUUCAGCGCGGAUUGUUCACUACUGGCCACGGGUUGCUUAGAUAAAACCCUAUGGAUUUGGAAAUUGCCGCAGCAGCUGGUUUUCCAGACCACGGUAGCAAACAAGAUACGGUGCCACGCGAAAACGGUUGCCGAGUGGUCAAACGGUGACGUCAUCAAGUGGUUGGACGAGAUCGAUAUGUCGGAAAUUGCGGAGAGCGUUAGGAAUACGUCACUGAACGGCGAAAAAAUAUUGACGCUGUCUGAAGAACGAAUAUGUUCGGGACUUGAAUUGGACGACGAGAAAACUGAAAAACUCGCCACGGAACUGAAGUGGUUGAAAAAGGUGGAAUUGCAAAUCGUAAAUCCGUUGGAUUUGCAAAUACCCGACGAGUUCCUCUGCCCGAUCACCCACGAAAUAAUGAGGGAGCCUGUGGUCUGCUCCGACGGCUUCACGUACGAGAAGAAAGCCAUCGCAGAAUGGUUCAUGUCGGGCAAGUUUACCAGCCCGAUGACCAAUGAAAUUCUUGCCAGAACGGACUUUACGCCCAACUUGAUCGUGCGGGACUCUAUCAGGAGGUUUUUGGAGAAUGUCGAAGAAGACCAGGAUUGAAAUGCGAGAAGUUAAUAUAUCAAGAGGUUGGAUCAAUUUCACCUUCAACAAAUGAAAACUGGUAUCCCGCAUUAUGUUACUAAUACCCAGCAUUAAGUCGCCGUAACCAAUUUGCUAAUUGUGCUAUAUAUAAAAAAACCCAACCAAAACUAAUUUUUUCCUUUUACAAUUAACGUUAUUUCAAUUUUCUUGUGUCCCCAAAAAGUCAUGACCUUUUUAAAGUUGUCACUUUUGAUGACAAUUCUUUACUAGCCUGUAAUAAUAAUUCUCGUGCAAAAAAACAGUUUGUAUUAGAAUUUUUCAAAAAAAAUACAGGUGUUUUAUUAAAAAACGGGCGUUAGUUUAUAGCAACCAAAAAAAUAUGUAGUAUAGCGGGAUUUUAUUUGCUGUUUUAGUAUUAUAAUAACGGUGUUCUUCUAUCCGUGCACCUUUCACCAGUAUUUUUAAUACCCACAAUCAAAUGAUCUUGCCAAACAAAAAAUGUGCAUUUUUUUCCUUCAAGGUGUCCAUCGAAGCACUUCGUUUUUAUACGUAUUUAUAGUAAUUAAAGACUAACGAAUUGUAGUGCCUUUGGAAACAUAUUACUUGGUUCUAAUCGCAAUAAAUGUUCUGAAACGAAUGUCAAAUAUACUGUGAUAACGUUUUAUUGUUAUAUAAGUGGCACGUGCGCAUUUUAAUUUGCAACGUUUAGCUUGUUAAAACUUAAUGGCUAUUUCGAGUUUUCUGCAUGAGUUGAAAAUUCUAUUUUCAACUUAACGUGAGAAGUUCUUAUUGUUAUAUUCCACUCUUGCCACCUUACCAAAAGAUGAAAAAUAUCCCACAAAUAUUUUUUUUUGUGGCGCCAAUGUAAAAGUCGACGUUCUUUCAGUGUAUUAAUGUUAUUACUGCAGUCUAAUUCUUCUUAAUUUAAUGCAAUGACGUAUAUAUGGCAGUGUGUUUGAGACUGUCAAAGGUUAUAUUAAAAAAUUCUGAAAGUCGGUUUUUAACUGUAUUCUAUUAAUUUUUCAAAGAAAAACAAAACUUCUGGAUUCCUCCUCCGUCGGUUUUUGUUGAAUCAAACUUGCUGACGUAUCGCCAAUCAUUCUGUUGGCUUCUUCAGAGCUUAACUGAAACUGAAGUUUGAGUAAGCUGAAGAAGCCAGAAGUUUUGUGAAAAAUAUAUUCAACUAGUUUCCACAUGAGUGUUCGACGUUUCUUGUAACAGUUUUUAAUUUAAGAAUUAUUUCACUUUUUUACGAAGUGGAAAUCAUGUAUUUUGACCUUAAGUAAGAGGAAUUAUACUGUAGCUAUAAUUAUUUUCUACGUGUUGUCUUAUUUUGGUAAUUUUAAGUUAACUUUCAUACACUGUAUGUAUUGUACCAAAGUUGUUAUACAAUUUGUAUCUAGUUCGAAUAAAUAUUUAACUGGAAUGCACCGGGCUUUGCACUCGAUUGUGAAAAUGCCUU